AUGGCGCCCGCACUCACCCUCCCAACCAUCCUUCAGCACAUUGAAUACACUCGAUAUGCCCAAUUGGCCUCCAGUUCAAUCAUUAUUUAUGACCAUCUGGUUACAUUUGACAGCGAGAAGGCUAACUGGUCGAAAGGAAAGGUGCUCUUCAUUCUCAACAGAUACUACUCUCUUGCAUCCGUUAUUUUCAACAACUACGGUGCGUCUUGGGCGCUGUGGUCUAUUAAACACGUAAGACGAUGUACCACUGCAAGUGGGGAAGAGUUCGAUAAUAUUAGUACAGAUAUAAAUAAGUACAAUGAGGACAUACCUGCAAGUGGGGAAGAGUUCGAUGGGGGAACUCCCACUUGCAGUCACUACCUAUAUACGUCUGGGGACAAAGGGAUGUCUAUAUACGGUAGAACAAUAAGAUGUCCGAAUUGGGAACAAGGGAUACAAGAGAACAAUAGAACUACUUAA